AUGAAAAUCGAGCUGGUGUUUAUACCAUCGCCCGGAAUCGGCCAUAUGAAAUCGACGACUGCCAUAGCAAAGCUUCUGAUAGACAGCGACGACCGUGUCUCCGUCACUCUCAUCGUCAUCCCUUCACAAUUCUCCGGCGACAAACCUUCCUCUAACGUCUCUUCCGUCUACACGGAGUCCAAAGGCCGUCUACGCUACUGCCUCCUCCCCACCGGAGAUCAACCAACGGAGCAGACCUUCAUUUCUUACAUAGAUAGCCGUAAACCGCUCGUGAGAGCUAUCCUGUCUGGGCUCACCCACGAGGUUUCGACAAAUCCUGACAAAUCUCGGCUCGCUGGGAUUGUCGUGGACAUGUUUUGUACGUCGAUGAUAGACAUCGCGGAUGAGUUUGGUCUCCCGGCGUAUACCUUCUACACGUCGAACGCUUCGUAUCUUGGACUACAGUUCCACGUUCAGUCUCUUUAUGACGAGAAGAAACUCGAUGUAAGUGAGUUAAAGGACUCGGACGAGAAGUUUGACGUUCCUACUCUGACUCGGCCUUUUCCGGCGAAGUGCUUACCUUCCGUGAUGUUAAGCAAAGAAUGGUUUCCUUACGUUUUGAAUCGAGCGAGAAGUUUUAGAGACACGAAAGGUAUUUUGGUAAACUCGGUGGCGGAGAUGGAACCUCAGGCGUUGAAGUUUUUUUCCGAUGGGAAUAUGAAUACUCCUCCGGUUUACGCGGUGGGACCGGUUUUGGAGUUCAAAACUGAUGGCAAAGAUUUCGGCGAUGAGAAGAGAAGUGAAAUCUUGCGUUGGCUAGAUGAGCAACCGUUGAGUUCGGUUGUGUUCCUCUGUUUCGGGAGCAUGGGAGGCUUCAGUGAGGAACAAGCGAGAGAAAUAGCAGUAGCGCUCGAGCAGAGCGGCCAUCGGUUCCUAUGGUCGCUCCGUCGCGCUUCUCUUGUGGGAGACAUGACUGGAUGUCCUCCCGGAGAAUUCAAGAACUUGGAGGAGAUUCUCCCGGAAGGGUUUCUUGAUCGUACGGUGGAGAUUGGAAAGAUCAUUAGCUGGGCUCCACAAGUCGCUGUUCUUGAGAGUCCUGCGAUAGGAGCGUUCGUGACGCACUGUGGAUGGAACUCAAUACUCGAGAGUUUGUGGUUCGGUGUUCCUACGGCUGCGUGGCCGAUUUACGCCGAGCAACAGUUUAACUCGUUUCAUAUGGUGGAGGAGCUUGGUUUAGCGGCGGAGAUACGGAAGGAUUACCGGAGAGAUUUUUUGAGUGGUACGGUGGAGAUUGUGACGGCUGAGGAGAUUGAGAGAGGGAUCAAGUGUGCGAUGGAGCAGGAUAGUAAGAUGAGGAAGAGGGUCAAGGAGUUGAGGGAUAAGCUCCACGUAGCGUUGAUGGACGGUGGAUCUUCGAAAGCUGCUCUACGUAAGUUUGUUCACGACGUCGUCGAAAAUAUUCCAUAA